AUGGCCGAGGGUGGUAAUUAUAACAGUAGAGUAUCAUCAUCCGAAAGGCUGAUGACGGAUUACGACGGAUCAUCAUCAGUUCACCAAGUCAUGUUCAAUGACGACCUUCUGAUCGAAAUCUUACUCCGUUUACCUCUUAAUACCCUCUUUCUCUUCAAGUCGGUAUCCAAACGCUGGUUAUCUCUCCUCACGUCCCCUUCUACCGUCAAACUACGAGUCACCCGGUUUCCAAAUAUCCCUCCCUUGUCUGGUCUCUUUCUCCAGAAAACAUGUUCUACCAAUGACCACUUUCAACACGAUUUCAUCUCGUUGGAUAGAAGCAUCCCACCAGGCAGUAAUGUAGAAGUUUUGCAGUCCUGCAAUGGUUUGGUUUUGUGUGUUAUCCGAACUAAUCCUGGAAAGAUUUACAUAUACAAUCCGUCCAUUAAUACGUACAAGAUGCUCCCACCAUUAUAUGCAGAUGGUUUGAAAUCGGACCAUAUGAGAUUGGCUUAUGACCCCACAAAAUCACCACACUACAAAAUAAUGGUUGUUCAAGAGAUAGCUCCUCGACGACUUUAG